AUGGUGCUCACUACUACUACCUUCGUACUACUUCUGUUCUCAUUACUUCCAUGCACUCAUGGAAGACCUCUUUGUCAAGCCCAGCCUACUGUCAACGUUGGCAAUCAGGUUCGCUACCUUGGAACAUCGACUGACAACAUUGAGUCCUUCCUGAACAUUCGAUUCGGUCAGAGCACAGGGGGAAACAACCGAUUCGCUGCACCCAAGCCCUACACCUAUCCACAUGGAUCAAUAGUCAAUGCCACUCAACCUGGAGCAGCCUGUCCCCAGCAAAAGGUCCCUAUCCAGGGGCUUCAAGUGUUUGACAAUGUCACACGUAUUUCAGAGGAUUGUCUGACCUUGCGUGUUGAUCGACCAGCCAAUACAUCAAGCACAGCCAAGCUUCCCGUCAUGGCAUUUAUCUACGGUGGCGGUGACUCCAUUGGCCAAAUUUAUGACACCGCAUACGAACCGGGGCAAUUGAUCUCUAAUUCCGUUCAACAAGGCUACCCUGUGCUCUAUGUGGCCAUGAACUACCGAGUUAGUGUAUUUGGCUUCGCUGCAUCCGACGCCUUGAAUGCAACAGGAUCUCUUAAUGCGGGCCUCCUUGAUCAGCGACUCGGCCUCAACUGGAUACAGGAACACAUUGCGGCUUUUGGUGGAGAUCCUGACAAUGUCACCAUCUUUGGAGAGAGUGAUGGUGCAACUGGGGUUGGUCUCCAGAUUACGGCAUACGGAGGAAAUGUCGAGAAGACCCCCUUCAAGAGGGCUAUCAUGCAAUCCGGCAACGCCGCUGCAGACGGAAAUACGGCCAGCAAUAUAUCAGCAGUACACACAACUGAGUUGAUUCGGAGGGUCAACUGCACAUCAUCUACAAGUGAGGCGGAACUUGCCUGUCUCCGAAAACUGCCACUCAAGAAGCUGUUGUCCACUGCAAUUGAGUACGAGUUUAGUGUCGCCAGUUUCGGCUUUGAUGCUUGGGAGCCUACCUCUCCGUCACCAUUCAUUCCUGAUAAUCCUUCAACCCUUUUGACGACUGGCCGAUUCGCCCACAAUAUUGAUAUCAUUGCUGGAUGGACGGAAGAUGACGAGUCAUUUUUCACGCCAUCCACGGUCAAUUCUACCAGGGAUGUUGUCAGCUUGAUUCACACGAAUUAUCCUUCAUUUUCAAAGCAGAACGUUCAGAAGGCUCUCGAUCUCUAUCCUGUUACAUCUUUCUCAGACCUACCCAAAGAAAACAUCUCGGCUCAAUACUUCCGUGCAAGUCGACUCCUUCGAGACGCACAGUUUUGUCCAAGCCUACACAUGGUACGGAUGAACCAGAAGUACUCGGGCAAAAAGACCUCAAACUAUCUUUACGUGUUGAAUCAGACCAUGUUUACUCCGCUGUUUGCCAAACAAGAGACUACUUAUCUUGGUGUCCCUCAUUUCAGUGACAUCCCCUAUGUCUUCAAUGAAGCGAAGACCCGAUACUCCUUCCUGGCUACACCGUCCGAUGUGAAGCUGUCUACAGAGAUUAGUAGCAGCUGGGCGUCCUUCGCUGCAAUUGGAAAGCCUUCUGGAAAGCCAGGCACUGUACCCAACUGGCCUGAUGUGUCAGAUCAAGUAUCUUCCAACCAGUAUAAUCUUCGAGUACUCGGUGGUCCAAAUGAUGGCCUCACAUAUAUCAGCAAUGACAAGGAUUCAUACGAACAGCUGAUUGAGAGAUGUGAUUUCUGGACCUCACCCGAAGUCUUUCAACAGAUGGCUGUCUGA